CCAUUUCAACCAUAUCCAAACUGAACCGACCCUUUAAACUAAGCUAAGCCAAAAACCCUAAAAAAAUUUCUCCAGUAACACCUAAAUUCUCGAAUCCAAUCUUCUUCAUCCACAAUCUCCACGGCGUUUCCUCUCUCUCCGAACAAUAGCGGAACUGUUAGCUUUUUCUCUCUCUAAGACUUAGAGAGAGAAUCCUUAAAACCACAGAAACUAAUCAUGAUGGACGUUAUGAUAAUGAAAGAUUUAGAUGCGCGAGCUGCAGCCGCCGGCAUAGAUCUUUCACAGCUCGAUCUCAGCUCUAUUCAGCUCCCUCCCGGAGAAGAUUUCGGAAUCAUCAGUGAUGAUGAAGAUGUUGUCCAAGAAGAGCAGCUGGAUUUUGAUUUUGGGUUUGGUAAUAUUAUUGUUGUUGAUAAUCUCCCAGUUGUUCCUAAGGAGAAGUUCGAAAAGCUUGAAGGAGUUAUCAGAAAAAUUUAUAGUCAAAUUGGUGUUAUCAAGGAAGAUGGCCUUUGGAUGCCCCUUGAUCCUGAGACGCAAAAAACCUUAGGUUACUGCUUUAUCGAGUAUAAUUCACCUCAGGAAGCUGAGCUGGCUAAGGAGAAGACAAACGGGUAUAAGUUGGACAGAGCACAUAUUUUUGCUGUCAACAUGUUUGAGGACUUUGAUAGGUUCAUGAAAGUUCCAGAUGAGUGGGCCCCUCCUGAAUUCAAGCCUUAUGUUCAUGGGGAAAAUCUUCAAAAGUGGCUUACUGAUGAAAAAGCUCGAGAUCAAUUUGUAAUUCGUGCAGGCUCGGACACUGAGGUUUUCUGGAAUGAUGCAAGACAGAUGAAGCCUGAACCUGUUUACAAGCGUGCUUGUUGGACUGAAAGUUAUGUGCAGUGGUCCCCAAACGGGACUUAUUUGGCAACAGUUCACAGGCAGGGUGCUGCUGUCUGGGGUGGGGCAAAUGCCUUUAACAGGCUUAUGCGCUAUGCUCAUCCUCAGGUUAAACUUAUUGAUUUUUCACCUGGUGAGAAAUUUUUAGUUACAUACAGCAGCCAUGAACCAAGCAAUCCCCGUGAUGCAAAUAGGAUUGUAAUAAAUAUUUUUGAUGUAAGAACUGGAAAAGUGAUGAGAGAUUUCAAGGGAAGCGCUGAUGAGUUUUCCAUUGGAGGAACUGGUGGUGUUGCAGGAGUGUCCUGGCCCAUAUUUAGGUGGGGUGGUGGAAGAGAGGACAAGUACUUUGCCAAAAUUGGAAAAAAUAUGAUCUCUAUCUAUGAAACUGAGACCUUUGCUCUUAUUGACAAGAAGUCUUUGAAGGUUGAAAACAUAAUGGAUUUCAGUUGGUCACCCACUGAUCCCAUUUUUGCACUUUUUGUUCCUGAACAUGCUGGCGGAAAUCAACCUGCUAGAGUGUCUCUUAUUCAAGUUCCUAGUAAGGAGGAAUUGAGGCAGAAGAAUCUAUUUAGUGUUAGUGAUUGCAAAAUGUACUGGCAAAGCAAUGGGGACUAUCUUGCUGUGAAGGUUGAUCGCUAUACCAAAUCAAAAAGGACAACAUACACAGGAUUUGAGCUUUUCAGGAUAAAAGAACGAGACAUACCCAUUGAGGUAUUGGAGCUUGACAAUAAGAGUGAUAAGAUCAUUGCCUUUGCUUGGGAACCAAAGGGUCACAGGUUUGCGGUUAUUCAUGGGGAUGGCCCAAGGCCUGAUGUAAGUUUUUACUCGAUGAGGACGGCCCAUAAUACGGGUCGUGUUUCCAAGCUCACCACUCUCAAAGCCAAACAAGCAAAUGCCCUGUUCUGGUCACCUGCUGGUCGCUAUCUAAUACUAGCUGGACUCAAGGGUUUCAAUGGACAGCUAGAAUUUUUUAAUGUUGAUGAGCUAGAGACUAUGGGAACCACUGAGCAUUUUAUGGCAACAGAUAUUGAAUGGGAUCCUACUGGAAGGUAUGUAGCAACUUCAGUGACGUCUGUUCAUCAUGAAAUGGAAAAUGGAUUCAAUAUAUGGUCAUUUAACGGCAAGCUGCUUUAUCGAAUACUCAAGGAUCAUUUCUUCCAGUACCUUUGGCGUCCAAGACCACCAUGCUUCUUGAGUCCUGAAAAGGAGGAAGAGAUAGCAAAUAAUUUGAAGAAAUAUUCUAAGAAGUACGAGGCGGAGGACCAGGAUGUCUCAUUACAAUUAAGCGAGCAAGACCGUGAGAAACGGAAAAUGGUGAAGGAUGAAUGGGAAAAAUGGGUGAACGAGUGGAAACGACAGCAUGAAGAUGAAAAAUUGUUAAGGCAACAAUUAAGAGAUGGAGAAGUUAGUGAUGAAGAAGAAGAGUAUGAGGCCAAAGAAGUAGAAGUUGAAGAGUUGUUGGAUGUGAAAGAAGAGGUUCUUUCUUUUGAAUUUGGACAGGAGUAAGCAUUCUUAAUAAAUACAGUUCAGAGUUCAUAGGGGUGUAUAAUUACAAAUCAAAGCACUGAAAUCGUUGGAAUACAGGGUAAGAUUGUUUUUAUUUACCUAAUCCCUAUGGAUUUGUAGCAGUAUUUUAAAUUUUGUUAGAUUUGAUGAGGAUAUCAUUUGCUUUAUGAUGUUUUUUUUUUGGAGCUGACCUCUGAUAUCUACUGUGAAUUUUGUCUGGUAAUUUUCAGUUUUUAUUUUCCAUUA